AUGGAAGAGCUAAUCAAUAAGCUCCCUCAUAUUCAAGAGUUCACCCAAAAGUUCAACAAGUCAAGCCAACAUCAUCUAGAGUCACUCAAGGCCAGACUUUUGAUCUUGAGCACCUGCCUGCCCACCAAGAAAGCUGCCAUCUCAUACGGUGGCAAUAUCCUCGCUGAUAUCGAAUGCAUCCAAACGAUGCAAACCAUCGACAAGCGGCAGGCUAAAGCCCUCGAAGCAAGAUUCAGAGACCUCUACGAACUGCCUUUUGACUCCCAUGCACUCAUUGUCAAAUCACCGAAAGAUUUGAUCAGCUCAUGCAACAUCCUCGCGACUACGAAGAUCCUGGCUCCUUGGGCGGAGAACAAGGAAGCUGUUGGAUAUCAAAAGCAGUUGAAAGACUUUGUUCAGGGAUGGUUGUUGUAUGAGAAGCAGGGGACUGGGAUAGAUUAUUUGAAAGCCUCCAGAUUGGAGCAUGCGAGACAUUGGUAUAUUGAAACUAUGAAGGAUGGCUUUUAUGCUAAGAAUUUGUGGGAUGGGUUUGGGCUUGGGCUGUUGUCGGACUAG